AUGCUCUCUGCAAUCGCAUCUGCAAGGCAAAGAAUUGGUUCUCUUGCUCAGGGACCAGUGUUUGGUCGCUCUAUUGCAGCUGUGCGCCACAAAGGUCAUCUUCCACCGUUCGGCGCGAAGGUUAGCAGACCAAAGACUAAAGAAGAGCUACAAAAAGAGAGGCUAGAAGCUGCUCUGCGAUCCCCAAAUAAGCUGGUGCGGUGGGGUGCCUAUUUUCAAACUGAAGAGUUUAAUAAGGCCAUGACGAAGUAUCUGUUUGCCGUUUACGGCUUGUUUCUCAUUUAUGGUAUCUACUAUAUGAAGAAGUUGUACACGAAGGAGAAAGAACGCGACGCACUAGAGGAGAAGGCUGCAGAUGGGCAUAUAAAUGAGUAUGAAAGCUUGAGGCUCAAACAACUGCAGGGUAAACUACGUACUCGCGACGAAAGAAAGCUGGAACUGUACAAUGCCCUAAAGGAUAAGCAUCCAGAUUGGGACUCAGAAGACUAUGAUGGCGUUGAAUUUGAGGUGGAGGAUCUCAACAAGAUCAAUAGGCAUAUCCUGCCGGCUAGGGACACCACUGAAUUUUAUGACGAGAAGGCCGAAGAGUACGACCGCAGUGUGAGAAUGGAAGAAAUGGCCAUUCGGAUGGGCAAACGGCGCAAGUGGCUGAUGAAGCACUGCGAGGGCGAUGUGCUAGAAGUUGCAUCUGGUACUGGUAGGAAUAUAGAUUACCUAGACUUGAGCAAAAUCGACACAAUCACCUUUCUGGAUGCGUCUAAGAAUAUGAUGAAGAUCGCCAAUAAGAAGUUCAGAGAAAAAUACCCACACUUCAAACAAGCUGCAUUCGUAGUUGGAAAAGCAGAAGAUUUAGUGGACCUGGCGACUGGGCAUUCGCCUCAGCAACAGAAUCUGGAAUUGGUCAACUCUCCUGAGCAGGUGAUCCCGGAGUCCAAGCCCAAGGUUAAAUACGAUACCAUCAUCGAAGCCUUCGGUCUGUGCUCUCACCAUGAUCCUGUACGGGCAUUGAAAAACUUUGCGAAAUUGCUAAAGCCUGGCGGAAGAAUAGUUCUGCUUGAGCAUGGCAGAGGGACCUAUGACGUUGUGAACAAGAUUCUAGACAAGAGAGCCGAGCACCGUCUCGAGACCUGGGGCUGCAGAUGGAACUUGGAUAUUGGCGAAAUUCUAGAUGACUCUGAUCUAGAAAUCGUCACCGAAAAAAGAACACAUCUCGGAACCACUUGGUGCAUUGUGGCCAAACGCAAAGGGGAUAUGCCGAAGAAGGAAGAGAUAGGUUUCCUCGAGAAAUACAUCAGGCCUAGCCUUCGUUCGAGUAUGCCCCCAGCCGAUGACAAGCCGAGAGAGAGCACGAAGAACUGA